AUGGCGUCUGAUGUUAACCCAAGCUCAAUUGCCCAGCCUGGUUCAACUUCAACUGGGCCAGUCGGGGUCACCAAUCCACCAAGAGUGCUUCCACCCCCACCCCCCCAUCAUCAUUUUCAAGUCUUCCUCCUCCCCAAACCCAAACACCAAUUCCGCGGCUCCUGGGAAUCCAAAUACCAAUCUGUCCACACCUCCACCCCCCCACCCUCAGUAUUCCCAGCCUCAUCUCAGAUGACACCACCAGGACCGGAGUUCAUUUGA